AUGUUUCGGGUACAAUUGAUACCAACUGUUUCAAUUUCUGAAUCCAUUCAAAACAACAAGAAACGUAAAAGACAGAACGAACAAGAGGAAGGACAAGAGGAUACCGUUGUCGGAAUCAUUUGGAUGAAAGGGAUAUCAACCUCAUUCAAGGAACAAAGCCUUUGUACGGACGUGCAACAUGAAAUCCUUAAAUGGAAUGACGACCUUGAUCAACUCAAGAUCGUACUCGUUACAAACGAUCAACAAACUCUUGAUGGCGCUGAGGGUAUGGAAUCUUUCACCUCAAAACUGGAUCCAAGUGUUACAGAAUUGCUCUUGGGACGACGACAAGAGGAAAAGGAAGAUGAGUUUACUUCCAUUCAUUUGGUCUUGACGAUGGGACAAUCUUUUCUUGAAACACUUCCUCUUAUACAGAAAGAAUUAAUAACGCUGGGAAUGUUCUCGUCUCAGUUUGUGUUUGACCCUUGUCAAUGUGUUGAAGCAAGUAGGUCUCAACGUUGGACCUCUGAAAAGCUUUUGGUGACCAGUCUGCAACCGGAAAUUGUGAAAACUCAACUGAGUGCAUUUAUUCAAGUGGAGUAUUUGAAUUCUUCCAACGUGCAACCGUUACAUGACAAAGCAUUCAAUAAGAAUCGAGUGCUGGUGUUCACGAGUUUGAGUAAGAAUGGAGAAAUACUUGGACAGGACAGAAGAGAAGAGAUCAUCAUGGAAAGAGUGAAAGCAAAGAACAGAAAGUGUGAGUUGAGUAUUUCGAGUCAUCCCAAUCAGGUUGAUGAUUUUUAUGAGACAUCAUGGGAGUCCAAGUCGUUGUCGUUCUCACAGAGAAUGAUGAAUCUAAUUCUACCUUUAAACAACAAGCUCAAUACCUUUGGUCUUCAAGAUGUAAAUUCAACUUGUGAUGACAAGAGUCGCCUAAUACUUGAAUCAGGGCAAGUCGGUUCAAUUAACUCUUCUCUUCAAUCAAUUUAUAUUGCUUUUAACAUUGAGACCACUUGCAAAACUAGAAUCAAACUGACAAAAGCCAUGUUUCAGUCACUCUCGCUGGCUUUGUUUGAACACUGUAAAUCUGCCUUACCUCAUCUCUUUCUAAACAAGAAGGAAAAGAAGCAAGCCCUCAUGACACAAUAUUAUAUUCCAAUGGUGGCUGAAGCCAUUAGUGGCAUUGUGUAUCAAUCUCAAAAUCAGGCGUUCAAAAGUGACUGCCUCAAAUUGUUGCAAAUUGACUCUGUUGAUGAAAUUUCUGGCAUGGUUCAAAAAAUACUGAUCGGAAAGACGAAGCAAUAA